GCAGGCGGCACCAAAAAGAGUCGCUAAUUUGCUGCACCAAGUCUUCCUUGAAACAUUCAAACUUUCAUAGUGGGAGUGAUUGUCACUCUACCAUUGACUUUCGAAUAUCAAUAUACAUAUAUAGGUCUUUGGGUUUCUCUCAUGAUCCACUUCGACCCCAACUCUCAAUCUUUUCAACAGAUUCUUAAAUUUUCAUGGCGGUUUUCCUCCCAAGUUCAAAAUUUUCCAUUUAUGCCGCCACUCUGUUUUUGUGCUUCGGCUCCAUAGUUAGAGCAGGGGAUGAAAAUGAUCAGCUAGCAUUGCUUGAUAUCAAGGCCAAGAUCACUAAUGACCCUCUUGGCGUCCUUGGCUCCUGGAAUUCUUCUUCUCAUUUUUGCCAGUGGUAUCGUGUGACAUGCGGCAAAAGGCACAAAAGGGUCACCGCGUUGGAUCUUAGGUCCCUGCUCCUCCAGGGUUCCAUAUCACCACACUUGGGAAACCUGAGCUUUCUACGUGUCUUGCACCUUCAAAACAACUCCCUCAGUCACGACAUCCCCCAAGAAAUUGGCCGUCUGCGGAGGCUACAGCUUCUUGAUAUAGGCUAUAAUAUGCUCACUGGAGAAAUUCCUGCUAAUAUAUCUGGUUGCUCCGAUCUUGUAGGCCUGCAACUUAGUUUUAACAGGUUGAUUGGAAGAAUUCCUGAGGAUUUCAGUUCCUUAUCGAAGCUCCGUUUCUUACUUAUCGACAACAACAAUCUAACUGGAGGGAUCCCUCCAUCUCUUGGAAACCUCUCAUCUCUGGAGUGGCUCCAGACAACCAUAAACAAUUUCGGUGGACGUAUCCCUGAAACCCUUGGCCAAUUAAACAACUUGAAUUACAUUUCUAUGGGAGGAAACAUGUUGUCUGGAACUGUCCCUUCCUCAAUAUACAAUCUUUCUUACAUGAGUGUAUUUUGUGUUCCUGUAAAUCGACUUCAAGGAACCAUACCCUCAAACUUGGGCAACAUUUUUCCAAACCUCGUGGAGUUUAAUAUUGGUGAUAACAAAUUUACUGGAUCCAUUCCUGCUUCCUUAUCCAAUGCUUCAAACUUGGAAAGACUUACAACUGCAAUAAAUGGGCUUACUGGGAACGUUCCUUCCUUGGAGAAGUUGCAUAAGCUAUGGUGGCUGAGUAUUUCCACCAACUAUCUAGGAACUGGCCAAGAAGGUGACUUGAGCUUUUUCUCCUCUGUGAGCAAUUCGACUAGCUUGGUGCUGUGUUCUAUAAGCGCCAACAAUUUUGGGGGGUUGCUGCCUGCUUCCAUCACCAACUUUACCGGCCUCUCCAUAAUGACCCUGGAUGCAAAUCAAAUUUCCGGAAGCAUCCCAACUGGGUUAGGAAAUUUGAUCAACUUGGAGAUGCUAGAUAUGGGAAACAAUCAAUUGGUAGGUGUCAUUCCUGAAGAAAUUGGAAAACUUCAAAAGCUGAACAAGUUGAAUCUGCACGGAAAUAAGUUAUCUGGUAACAUUCCACCCUCUUUGGGAAAUUUAACGUUGCUGACCUAUCUCAAUUUGCACCAAAAUAAUUUGCUCGGCAGCAUACCUCCAAGUCUUGGGAAAUGCCAAAAUUUACUGUCUUUCACUCUUAACCAAAACAAUCUUAGUGGUCCAAUCCCGAGAGAAGUUGUAAGCAUCUCAUCCUUGGCAAUCUAUAUGAACCUAUCUCAAAACUAUUUGACUGGUUCUCUUCCAACUGAAGUAGGAAUUUUGAAAAAUCUAGGAAUAUUCGAUGUUUCUUAUAACAUGUUGUCUGGAGAAAUUCCUAGUACCCUCGGCAGUUGCACAAGUUUAGAAUAUCUGUAUAUGCAGGGCAACUUUUUCCAAGGUGUCAUUCCUGCGUCUUUAAGUUCGUUGAAGGGCCUCCAAGUUUUAGAUUUUUCUCUCAACAAUCUGACUGGAACAAUUCCAGGAUUUUUUGAGGGGUUUCAGUUGUUGCAGAUAUUGAAUUUAUCUUUCAAUGAUCUGGAGGGUAUGGUGCCAAAAGGAGGAGUCUUUAAGAAUGCAAGUGCAAUUUCUGUCGCAGGAAACAGUAAACUAUGUGGCGGCAUUGCUGAAUUUCAGUUACCUCAAUGCAACUUUGAAGAGACAAAAAAAGUAAAAAUGGCCCUUUCCAUGAAACUAAUAAUAGCUGCUUCUGGGGCUCUUUGUGUAGCACUAGCUUUGCUUUCUCUUUUUCUAUUGGUGGCUAAGAGGAAAAGAGUAGAACCCACUUUAAGGUAUUCAGAGGAUUCACAUUUUCAAAUGCCUUAUCAAAAUCUUUCUAAAGCUACUGAAGGAUUCUCGUCAUCUAAUUUGCUCGGAGUGGGUAGUUUCGGUUCAGUGUAUAAAGGUAUUCUACAGGAUGGAAAACUAGUUGCUGUCAAGGUGUUAAACCUUGUGCACCCUGGAGCCUCCAAAAGUUUCAAGGCUGAAUGCAAGGUGUCACGCAACGUUAGACAUCGAAAUCUUGUCAAGCUCGUGACUGUAUGUUCUAGUGUAGAUUAUCAAGGAAAUGAUUUCAAGGCUCUAGUUUAUGAACUCAUGGUUAAUGGAAAUCUAAAUGACUGGUUAUAUCCAAUGUCUAUAACCAAUGGGGCAAAAGUGUCACCCAGGAACUUGAAUUUUUGUCGGAGAUCAAGUAUUGCCAUUGACGUUGCUAGUGCAUUCGAGUACCUUCACCAUGGUUACCAAUCGCCUAUAAUUCAUUGUGAUCUGAAGCCCAGUAAUGUUCUCCUCGAUGAUGAAAUGGUGGGACAUGUAGGAGAUUUUGGCUUGGCAAGAUUCUUCCCAGAACCCACCGAUUCCACCAGUCAGUCAAGCACCAUUGGAGUAAGAGGAUCCAUUGGUUACACUGCUCCAGAAUAUGGUAUGGGAAAUGAGGUGUCAACAUCUGGUGAUGUCUACAGUUAUGGCAUCCUGUUGUUAGAGAUGUUCACAGGAAAAAGACCGACUAAUGAAAUGUUCAAUGACAGCUUCAACCUUCAUAACUAUACAGAAGCAGCCUUACCAGAUAAAGUGGAGAAAAUCUUGGAUCCAAGUAUUGUUCAGGAAAUAAAAGAAGAGAUGAGCAGUAAGGAUUCCCAUGUAGUUCAAGAGUGCCUGAUUUUAAUAUUUGAAAUAGGGGUAGCUUGCUCUGCUGAAUUACCCAGUGAACGGAUGAACAUUACUGAUGUCACUGCUAAGCUGCAGACGAUCAAAAGGAGACUCUCUUUUAAGUGAAGACAAUUUAUACGUAUAGAACAACCACAUGGAUCACCAAUCAUCCUCAUUUUUAAAUGAAAUCACAUUUCUAUAUAUAUUUAUCUUCAAAAUGAAAACCCUUCCUACCUUGUGGCCGAUGAAUGAAGCAAUGGGCUGAAUAAUCAAGUUCAUUGAUUUGAGAUUAUCACUACCUAUUCCAUAUGCGCAUUCAUCUUGUGAAUUGCUCCAACUAAUAUGAUUUCCAAUUUCUCUAUUACCAUUUUAUUCAAUUAUUAAUGGGAUUUGGCAAUGAUCGGUUGAUAGUUAGAAUUUUUAAAAAAUUUGAUACUCAUAUGAAACUCAAGCUUUCUUUAUGUAGCCUUACCAUUUAUUUGAAGUCCAGUUUUCAAGGUACAUUGCGAUUUCUUGGGCAAACAUGUUCUUUUUGGUGCAUCCGGAUCACCUUAAGAAAGCCAGAUUACUAAUCACGAAAUUAGAAGACAGGAUUAGUUGUUUGCUCUAAUCUAAAAAUCAAGCAGCAGCAGAUAAGGCUUUCCAUAUCAUUUGAUAAGAAACUAGAGACUUGAUGCAGUCAUUGGCAAUGAAAUAAUAAAAAGUAAUCUUGGCAAUGAUUCAGAAUACCAUCGGUACCAGAUGUCGACAUGAGAUACCCUUGCAAAUUCU